AUGUAUGUGAAAUGGUUUGACACAGUAAUGUUUUACUAUGUGAUUUUAGUGAAUGUCACUUUUUGUCAUUUUCACAUUUCCCGCCGUUCCGUCCCCCGUACGUCCCGACACUCGCAGGGGACAGAACCCAGAUGACAGAUGCCGGCAUCCGCCGGGGACACUGCAGGAGGGACAUCGCGGGAGAGCAGGACAAGGUAAGUGAUAGAGGGAUCGCGGAGCAGCACCGCAUGGUAAGCCCGAGUGUAGCUCGGUGUUACCGCUUGUGCUACACUCGGGAAUACCACCAGGGAGGU